AUGCCAUGGACGUUCUCGGAUCACUGUUUCGGUUGGCUCCAGUUGGCACGGCCCGUCAGUGCCGUGCCAGAUCAGAGCCCCAAGGAGGCUGCAUUGGAGUCAGAGAAAUCGCCCCGGCUGGCCGCACCGGAGUUCUACCUGGAAAUUGCAGAUGAUUCGCCGCCUACCCAUCUGCACAAGGACAUGUCUGAUGCUGUUGCCGAGAUCCACGCGAAUUUCUGUGCCUUUCAAGAGCAGAAUCAGAUUUUUGCUCCUGCAGCACCGGUGCCGCUGCCUGUUUUGAUCGUGACCGGCUCUCUGGGAAGUGGAAAGACAACCCUGAUGAAGCGGCUCAUGAAUCGACGUGCAAACUUGCGGAUCGCAGCCUUGGCACAUGACCUGGCCUCCAAAAUCAACAUUGAUGCGUCCUUCCUGGCCGCGGAGUUGCAGCCAGGCCUUGGGAAGGGGGAGUACCUUUUCCAAUCGUCGGCAUGGCGGGAUGGAGAUGUGGCCAGCCUGUCCGGUUGCGCAUGCUGCCCUGGCUUCGAUGAUGCUUUGGGCUUGGCCGUGAAGACUGCUCUACGCGAAGGAGCAGACAGGGGCCUGUUGGAUUACUUGCUGCUGGAGACCAGCGGUGCAGCGGACCCGCGCCAGAUUGUGGCAGCCUUGGAGGUGCGCUUCGGGCCUUUGGCACGAGCCAGACUGGACCGGGUGGUCACCGUCGUGGAUGCAGAGCGGGUUCUCGCUGAGGGGCAAGACUGGUUGAACCAGGAGGCAUCUUGCCCCUCGCGACGUCGAGAGGAACACCAGUUGCAGCUUGCUCAGCUCUUGGUGGCGGACGUCGUUUUGCUGAACAAGGUGGACAUCUGCAAUGAUGAGCCCAAAGCGCUGGAGCUGCUGCGGCAACUGUGCCCUCAAGCGAAGGUCUUGAGCUGCUCCUUUGGCGAUGUACCGGUUCCAGAACUGCUCGACGUGGCGCCUGCCCCUCUGUCGGAGAGCACAACAGUUUCACACGAGGACAUUCCUGCGUGCUGGCAGGUGUCUGCCAGCCUCGAAUCUUCAAGACAGAGCCGCGCACUGCCUGGAGGUUUGCCUGCGAAGUUUCAUCAUCGUGUAGUGGAAUGGUCAACUCGUGGUGGGCAGUCCAAGCCGGUGCAGCUCACUAGGUUUCAGAGCCUGCUUUGCUUGCACCUUCACCGCGUCAGACGAUGGCUUCGUCGGGGGAAGGGCGUCUUGUGGGUUGCAGAAGAUCCACAUGCCAAGUGGGAAUGGGAACUGAGUGGGCAACUCCGCUUCAGUUGUCGGCGUGCUCCGAAUGGUUUUGGCGGUGCUGCGGCUUUCAGCAGUCUCGUGCUGAUCUUUGCGGAGGGCGUUUCCGAAGGGGACCUUGUCGACACACGGCUUGCAUUGUCCGAUCUGACGGUGCCUCCGACAGAUAUGGCGGCCACGGAGGAGAUUUUCUCGCAGUUGCAGCCAGACUUCGAGAUGCUUGAAAGCACGGACCAGCCCGACGCGUGCGUGCGCUUCCGCCUCACAGGCCACAGCUUUUUCAACAUCAGCAAAGACACGGACAUCUCGGAGCCGCCUUACCGCAUAGACCUCGACGCUUUGAAUCGAGAUCUUGCACAAAUCGUGAAUGCCGAGAAGGGCGCCAUUUUCUUGGCCACAGGAGAGGGCUUCUGCCGUGAAAGAGGUCGAAGAGUUCUCGCCCUGCUAUGGCCGUUGGGUUGUCUGGCGCAAGAAGGUUUGCCAUCGCCUCCUUCACCGCUGCCAGCUGUCCUUGCAGCUGCACGGGCGGAAGCUCCUACUCUGUUGCAGCGGUAUUUCGGUCAUGUGACAAGUUGUCACUGCGGCCAAUGA